AUGCUAAUAUUUCCUCGUUUUAUGAGUGGAAUGAACAAAGAGAUCAUCGUGGACAGUCCAUUCCAUCUUCGUGCGCGCAUAUUCGAUUCUCGUACUGCUCAUGUUCAAUUCGAAAUUAGUGGCAAGGAUGAACAACGCAGAUGUGAAAAAUAUCAAUUUACAGUUCGUCGAAAUCAAGAAACGCCAUAUUCCAUGCCGGAACAAAAUUUAACAUACUGGAGGAAUUCCUUGGAAUUACAACAUUUACCUGUUGGACAAUAUCAAGUGUGUGCAAUCAUUUGUUCGGAACAUUCACAACAUGCCAAGUACCAUUACAAAUCAUAUAUGAAAAAGAAUCGAACAUUACCGAUUACAGCGUGCGUUAGUUUUCGCGUGUUACGUGCUCAUCUUCUGAUUCUAACAUUAUACGUCUUCGUGAUUAUGUUUUUGGCGAUUUCUCAAAUGAUUUUUUCACUACGCAAACGCCAAUUCCACCAACGAAUCAAAUUAGCCUUAACAGAAGUGGAAAAUUCCCUAACAAAAUGGCGUACCACUCAAGCACCACCUCCGUCGAUAGAUCAAACACAGUCCUACACUAUCCUUCAAAGUCUCGUCACUCUACCAGCCACACCUAUAGAUUACACCAUACCGUAUCCGCCAGUUGAAACGAAUGAACCUGUUGAACGACCAAUUAUUUUUCAUUUAGAACCACCAAAUGACUCUUGA